AUGAUACUUGAAUCCCUUGCUGGUAGUUUUACUGAUAAGUAUAAUAAGAUAGAGGCAUAUGCUAAUGAAUUGAGGCUGAGUAAUCCAGGGAGUGAUGUAAUAGUUACCUUAUCAAAGGAUGCACUUGCUGAAGGAAAAAGAAGAUUUUCUAGGAUGUAUAGCUAUUUUCAUGCUCUUAAAAUGGGGUUUAAGAGAAAGGCCAAAGGUCAGGUUUUAGUUGUUGUUGCUCUUGAUUCAAUGAAUCAUUUUUAUCCUAUUGCUUGGGCUGUUGUGGAUAAAGAAACAAAGGUCACCUGGACCUGGUUCUUGACAUUGUUGAACAAUUCAUUAGACCUCAAGCUAGGGGAAGGAUACACAUUCAUGUCAGACAUGCAGAAGGGCUUGAUUGAGGCAGUUCAGGCAGUAGUUCCUGAUGCACACCACAGAUACUGUGUGAGGCACAUAGAGGCUAACUGGUGUAGAAGAUGGGGUGCUGGGGAUUUGAAGAAAAAGUACUUAUGGUGGUGUGCAUGGAGUAGCUAUGAAGCAGACUUCAAGGAUCAACUGAAAAACUUGGGAGAAAUUGAUGAAAAAGCCGUCGAAGACCUGUUGAGGUAUCCUCCACAAUCAUGGUGUAGAGCAUACUUUGACACAGUAUGCAAGAACCAACAAGUGGACAAUAACCUAACAGAAUCCUUCAACUCAUGGAUACUAGAUGCUAGGCAUAAGCCAAUUAUCAGAAUGCUUGAAGACAUAAGAGUUAAGCUGAUGAAUAUGUUGAGAGAGCAUGAAAGUGAAGUGCUGACUUGGACAGAAAAUGUAAGUCCUCAUACCAUGCAGUUAUAUUACCAAUUCUUGAAUAGUGCACAAAAAUGUACUGUUGAUUCUAAUGGAAAAGAUGGAUAUGAGGUGAAUGAAGGUACUACUGAAAAGCAUAGAGUGAACAUCAACCUGAAAAAAUAUACUUGCAGAACAUGGGACCUCACUGGGAUCCCAUGUCCUCAUGCAAUUAGAGCAUUACUAUACAAAAAAGUGAAUCCUGUGUCUGAGAUUCAUUGGUGGUUCACCAAGGAGGCUUAUCUCUCCACUUAUGCACAUAAGUUAGAACCAAUUAGAGGGGAGAAGUUCUGGAAUAUAGAGCCAACUCAUGCAAUGGAUCCACCCCUGCUAGUGAAUAUGGCUGGUAGGCCUAAAGUGAAGAGGACUAGAGAAAAGAAUGAGACAAUAAAUAGGCAAGGGGAGUGGUCUCAAUCCAGAAAAGGUAGGGUGAUGACUUGUUCCACAUGUGGAAAGCCUGGGCAUAAUGCUAGGGGAUGUCAAAAGCAAAGCAAGGGAAAGCAGCCACAGGUUGGUAAGAAAACAAAAAAGAGGUCGAGGACAACUGUUGAUGAAGAUCAUGAGGACAAUAUGGCUAGAUCUCCAGCUGCUGCAAGGCUGCCCUUAGAAGAGGAGCUGCAACUAAACAGCACCACAAGCCAGUCAGGCCAGUCAAGCAAGCAACAAUUCUGGACCUCAAUACAUGUUUAUGCCAACACCAUCCCUGUCUAG